AUGGAUCUGGGAAAGGCAAAGCUGCUGAGAACCGGCCUCAAUGCUUUAUAUCAAGCUAUCCACCCUGUGCAUGGGAUUGCCUGGACAGAUGGGAAGCAAGUGAUACUGACUACUUUAUACUAUCAAAAUGGAGAGCUGAGGUUUGGAGAUUCAAGCAUUCUUGGUCAAUUUGAACAUGUGCAUGGGCUUUACUGGGGCCCAUAUUGCUCUACAGACACCCCGGCUCUGCUUGCUGUUCAGCACAAAAAGCACGUAAGCAUUUGGCAGCUGGUCUACAGCAGCGCAAAGAAAAAGCCCUUGAUUUCUCAGACUUGUGAAGUUGGUGAGCCAUUUCCACUGCUUUCACAGGGCUGUGUCUGGCAUCCAAAGAAGGAGGUCUUGGCUGUGCUUACAAAACGAGAUGCUUCAGUCUUGCACGCCGUUCGUACUGACAACACGCGGGUUAAAGCAGAGAUCAAAAGCAGUGGACUCAUCCACUGUGCUUGCUGGACUAAGGAUGGUAAUCGUUUAGUAGUUGCUAUAGGCACUACCCUGCACUCCUACAUAUGGGAUAAUGCUCAGAAAACUCUAAAUAUCUGCUCCUUUUGCCCAGUUUUUGAUGUGGGAGGUUAUAUCUGCGCUAUAGAAGCCACUCUGGAUUUCCAAAUUGCUGUAGCUACUGAGCUUCCUUUAGAUAACAUCUGUGGUAUCAAUGCGGGCAUUGCAUUUGAUGUUCCCUCUGGUACAGAAGCUCUUUCUUUAAUCUCACAGUCUGCUUUGGUGCUUGGUGACGAGGAAUACUCCAUGGACACACGAAGAAAGUCCAUAGAUUCAGAUAGAUCAGGUGUUGAUUCAGUUGCUUCUUCUUCAUCAGGUCCUGUGGAUUUGACCCAUAUCCUUGCAAACCACCGUCGGUCUGAUCCCAGUCCUCUCAUUACUCUGAAACGCAAAGACUCUGCAGCAACAAAUGGUCAAGAUUCUUCUCAUUUGAUCUUGGUGACUUUUGAGAGGAAGGUAACAACCACCAGAAAAGUCACCAUUCCAGGUAUUUUGGUUCCUGAUAUAAUGGCUUUUGAUCUUAGAGCUCAGAUUGUGGCAGUAGCCUCUAAUACUUCUAAUAUUGUUCUGGUGUAUUCAGUAACCUCUUCCUCCAUGCCUCACAUUCAACAAAUCCAGCUGGAAAAAAAUGAAAGACCAAAGGGCCUAUGCUUUUUAACGGAUAAACUCUUAUUGAUUCUGAUUGGCAAGCAGAGGUUCCCUGAUCCUAAUCUCAUUCCAUCUUCAAGUUCAGACAGGUAUGUAAUGCGUCUUAUGGUCAAAGAAUUGAUGCUGGAAGAAAAUUCUUCUGCAUUGCCUGAGACUAAGCAGAAUAUGGUUUAUAACUUUGAAUCCUCUGUUAAUAUACCCAGCAAAAGAAAAUUCUUUGAGAACCUUGCCACAGAAGACCAAUCUCAAAGCAGGGAGUUGUUAAUACCAAGAAGCACAGUUAUUCAGUCUCCAAGUGGCAGGAGAAGACUCAUUGAAGAAGUAAAGAGCCCUAGUUAUGAGCAGAGCUCUUCAUCAAGUGUGAGUGACCUGGAUGAAAAAAGGCUCCCAGGUGACUCCUCGGUGGCCUUGGACACAUUGGAUGCUGAACCUAUGAAUCGCUCAGUGUCUCUUCGUGGUUUUGGAUCACCCAGCAGGAUUUCCAGCAGACCAACAUCCCCUAAAGUGCAGUUCAAUGUGAUCCAAGAAGCAUCUAAUUCUCCUAAAAACAACAAUUUGCCAAGUGAAAGGGGAAUGAGUCACAUAUCUAGAAAUUUAGAGAGACUUUGUGGCAGUUUCAAUGAGUUACAGCUGAGUCUUUCUGAAAUAACAGACUUGGCUAGGAACGGCAGGAGGAUUUCUUUAGCCUACCCGUGCUCCCAGGAACCACCUGUUGUGCAUGUCACCUACCAGAAAAGCUUUUCAAAUGGAUCAGUUACCGAAGAAACAAAAGAUGUUCUCCUCUGUGAUGGCAAGAUCCAUUUGAGUUUAGUCCAGCAGCUGUUUGAUCUGCCUGUUAUUGAAAUGAAACACGGCUCUUCUUGGAUUGUGCUCACUGCAGACAAGGACGGCUUUGUGCCAUUAAUAUUCAAAGCCACACAAGAGAUAAUCAUAAGGGAUGGAAGUGACAGUUCAGAAGUCUGUGGAGGUCACUCCCACAAAAAAAGCAUCCCAAUGCGACCACCAAGCAGAGUGACAUAA